CCGAGUGGAUCACACACACUUUAACCCGCACACACACACACACACACACACACACACACACUGGUGGAGUAUCAGCGCUCGGAGCGGGACGGACUGCACCUGUCCGACACACACUCUCUAUCCUCAGACACACACACAGAGGAGCUGACCGGUCGUCCCUAUGUGUGGAUGGGACCAAAGUUACACGGCGACCUCUCAUAGCUCGGCCAUGUUGACCAGUGAGGGGGCACACGCCAUGGAGGAGGACGACGACGCGCACCACGGAGCCAAGAUGGCCUCCACCGCCACCACCAGCUCCGGCUCGGACCGACCGGAGACGGCGGCGGCAGACGUGCACAUGGAGAUGGAGGAGGCGGACAUGACCCGAUGGACGGAGGCAGAGUUCGAGGAGAAAUGCACGUACAUGGUCAAAGACACGGCGUGGGAGGCGGGGCCAGACGGAGACUCCGUGACGACAACCAGGGCCGAGGCAUCGCUGCCCCGGAACCUGGCCUUCAAACACCCGGCUGACAGCAAGGAGGUGGUCGGCAUUGCAUUCUGGUACUAUUUCAGGAACUACCAUGAGACUGUGUUGCGUCUACGGACUUAUGCUGCGUUCACGUGCUCCUCGAAUAGUUCGGAGGUCGACUUCUGA